CCAGAGGGCCUAGCCUAGCCCGGGCUGUUGAGCAUCAUGAACCAUCCAAGAAAAGACUCUUCCCCAGAGCUGUGGGCUGUAGAUGCCAGCUGGCCACAUUGACGAUCUCAGGAACUUGGCGUUCCCAGCAGGAUAAGAGGUGUCUGGCUUGACUCCGGUUCUCACAUCCAAGAUACUGACUACUGAAGAAAUAGGCUGGCCAGACAUUUUCAUAUUCUGGAACCACUGAACAGGCCAGCUCUUCUUCAGAAUGGCGUCUUCUAGACUUUUGAGCAUCCUGGUCUUAUCCGCCUUUCUAGUGAAUGUCCAGGGUUUCAGUGACUGGAUCUUUCCCAGGAGAUGCCCCAGAAUCCAAGAGAAAUGUGAAUUCAAAGAAAGGGAUGAAUGUACGAAGGACAGACAAUGUCUGGACAACAAGAAGUGUUGCAUCUUCAGCUGUGGAAAAAAGUGUUUAGACCUCCACCAAGACAUAUGUGAUAUGCCCAAAGAAACUGGCCCCUGCAUGGCCUUUUUUCAUCGUUGGUGGUAUGACAAGGAAAAGGGUACCUGCUCCAGGUUCAUCUAUGGUGGCUGCAAAGGAAACAAUAACAACUUCCAAACCAAAGACAUGUGCCAGAACAUGUGCUCCAAAAAACGCUUAUAAUCCUCAUUGCAUUAAGGAUGUACCUGAACAACCACCAGGAUUUGGCUCAUGAUCCAAGGCUCUGUCUGUGUGCCUGACCAAUGGUCCACGCUGGUUUCCACUGUUCUACUCUCACAUUCCAAGACCUCAGCUCUUCCCCUUACAGAGCCCCAGGAUCUGCAUUCGCCUUCCUCUAUCUCAGACUCUUAAACAUGGUAUCAUUCUGUUUUGACCCAUCUCUAUGCUUCUUUUCUUUAUGUCCAAUGUCUAGAGCCCCCUGCAUAGCUCCCAAUUUACCCCAAUAAAGUACUUUGUGUAGUCCUGUGC